UUUGGCUCUGUGGAGAGCCCACACCCGCCGGAGCCACACCCCACAUCCCAGCUCCUCUUCCUUGAACCUCGCACGCAGCCCCAGUCCUGGGACUGAGAGAGAGAGACAGAGAGAGAGAGAGACAGAGAGAGAGAGAGACAGAACCUGGCAUGUGGGGCUACCUGUCCAUGCUGCCUGCUUUCCUGGCCGUCUGGGCUGUCGCUAGCAUCUGGACGGUUUUUGCCAUUGCAGUGUCCAACAGGACUGUGAACCUCACCGAAGGCAUCCCCUAUAUCAGUCUCUGUGGAUCGUACCCCCCUCAGAGCUGCAUCUUCAGCCAGCUGCUCAACAUGGGAGCUGCUAUGGCUGCCUGGAUCUGCAUUCUCCGUUACCACCAGCUCCGGGACUGGGGCGUCGGAAAGUGGCCUAACCAGAUGAUUCUGUGGUCGGGGCUCCUCUGUGCGCUGGGCACCUCCGUGGUGGGCAAUUUCCAGCAAAAGAACCAGCAGGCCACGCACCUGACAGGGGCCUUUUUCGCUUUGUUUGUGGGUCAUCUCUACUUCUGGCUGCAGCUCCUUCUGUCCUGGAGGAUGAAGAGCCUGCCCCAGCCUGGGGCCCCCUGGAUCAGGCCACUCCGCCUGGUCCUUUGCAGUCUCUGCACCGUCCUCAUGGUGGCCAUGGUCAUCCUCCACACCUGGCUGCUGCGUUCCGCCUCUGCUGCCUGCGAGUGGGCCGUCGCCAUGCUGCUCUUCACACUGUUUGGCCUCUUGGCUGUCGACUUCUCUGGCCUGGACAGCUGCACCCUGUGUCUCCAGCCUGGCUCCAGUCUUAGCCCUCCGCCACCAGCCUCCCCCAUCUCCCUGCAGGCCCAGCCGGCCCAGGCGCUUUGACACAGACCUUGCCCCCAUUUGCGGAGGCAAAAGUUGGUGGAGGCAAAAAAUGCCAAUCUCUGGAGUCCCCAAGGUGAACGGAGGAUGCAACUUCGGGGAUGAAUCGUCAGAGAUGAACUUUCAAGAAUGUGCCAUUUACGCCCCUCCUGGAACCUAGUGGGUGUACAUGUGUGGUGGGUCUGUAAACAACUGGUUGGCUGGCAUCUUUGUGCCCUUCUGUCCCUGCCAUCCAGCCCCACCCCUGCAAUCAGGGCCACCCAGGAAGUGAGAGGCCAAGGCCAGCCAGCCAUCCCUGAUCAAGGCUAUUUAUUAUUGUUAAACUUUUUUUUUUUUUUUUUUUUUUGCAACCGGCGGAA